AUGAAAACCCCCGUGUUGUCGAUUCUCAAGGAUCGAGACAUUCCACACAAACGAGAUGUGAUCAUAUCCGCUUUUGAAGAUCCCCGGAAUGCGGAGUGGGCCUCCACGCACCUCCGCCCGGAGACGUUGUUAUCCAAGGACGAGCUCACGCUAUAUAACAAGUUAAAGAAAUCCGGUGCUCUGCAGCCCAUUCUUCAAGACCCAGACCUUGGCGCGACACGACCAAUCCUCGAAGAUGACCUCCGACGCGCGAUCGAAUCCCUCGAAGCUUCGACAGCAACAGUCCAGAAACAAACCGAGACAUUAAAGCUGCAAUGCGAAACCCUCAAUAAGCAGUUGAGUCGAGAGCAAAAUUUGGAGCAGCAGCGAAACAAGGAUAUUGCUCGGUUGCGAAAGAAACACGAAGCCGGCAGGCAGAGUACUACACUGGCGGCGACUGAACUGUUCGAAGAGCUAGAAGCAGAUUUCCGGACCACGACGGAUCACUCGGGUGCGGAGAGUAAGCGGAUUCUCGCUACUCUGUCGACCAGGCUGAAGCAGGAUGACAAGGCUCUGGGGAGCCUUGAGGCUCUCAUGUCGGGCAUCAAGGUGCGGGGGAAUAAUGCAUCGAUGGUCAAGCGCACAAGUCAUCUGAGCACAAUGCUAUCGGAGUACGUCGCAGAGGAGAUCCACUACCGUCUCGAUCGCCUAUACUUGGAAAGCAUCCAUGCGAAUAUCGCCUCUAGCACCCUUGACGGGGCAACGAACACAGAGCUGGAAGAGGAACUCGAGUCUCUCUAUCCGGAAAUUGAACUCUUAGCAGAGAUGUCGACCAGGCAGCAGUUCCACGAGCCCAUUCUUCGGGAGCUGCAGAACGAACAUGGGCAGCUGCGCGAAGCCUCGCAAGAGAAACUCGAACAGGCACUUGAUAUGUUGAUCGAAAUGACGCUGUCAAAACAAGACCUUGCAAAGCAACUUGAAGUCCGCGAGUCAUCUUCAGAGCUGCUUGAACAAUUAGCUGCUCUGUAUCAGUCAGAAGUAGGCAUCGAAGCGCCCCAACCGUCAUCACGACGAGAAUCCCUGCGCCGGCGGUCUUUGCAAACCGGUCUUCUUCUCGGCCCCCGUGCCCCGGUCGCCCCUGUACAGCCACAACCCGUUCUGGAAACCCUGUUACGGCGCGUUGGCAUUGCGCCCGAAGCUCUCCGCGGGGAGCGCGGGAUUCAUGACCUUCAUGAGAAGCGCCGUGAUAUGUCCCAGACCUUAAGUACCCUUACUAUAGCGGUGGACGCGCCUCUGUCGACGCAUUUGGCACCUUUAGACCACGCAUCCCAGCUGCUGGAUGGUGCGUUGCACCUUGACUCUCAUUAUGAGACAUCACUACGGGAUCCAUUGGAGGAGCAGUCGCUCUCGAGCCUCGAGGGAGAAUUAGUACGGCUACAAAAUGGGGUCCAAAAACUGAACAUGGAUGUUCUUCAUCGCCGUGAUAGUGACCAGGAUCGUUUUAUUGAGCGGUGGAGAUGA